AUGGGGACCGGAGGAGGGCUGGGGCUGGCGGCCGUGCUGGCGGCYGCGGUGCUGUGCGGGCCCGGGGCGCUCGCCGGGCGCGUCCUCAGCGGCCAGAAGGUUUGCUAUGGUGCCUUCAAGCGCUCCUGUUACAAAUUAGCCUAUUUCCAGGACUUGUCCAGACGCGUGGGCUUCCAGGAGGCCCGCCAGGCCUGCGAAAUCGACGGCGGGGCUUUGCUCAGCUUGGAAAGCGAAACUGAGCAGCAGCUGAUAGAAAAUAUGCUGCAAAACCUCACYAGGUCGGGCUCUGGGAUCUCUGAUGGUGAUUUCUGGAUUGGGCUGUGGAGAAGCGGCGAUGGUCUGGCCACRUCGAGUGCUUGCCCCGAUCUGUACCAGUGGGCCGAUGGCAGCACGUCACCGUUCAGAAACUGGUACACAGAUGAGCCUUCCUGUGGAAGUGAAGCCUGUGUGGUGAUGUAUCACCAGCCAACUGCAAACCCUGGUCUGGGAGGGCCAUACCUUUAUCAAUGGAAUGAUGAUAGAUGCAACAUGAAGCACAAUUUUAUCUGCAAAUAUGCCCCAGAUAAUGUCUUAGAAAAAGAAUUAGGAGACAGAGCACAGCCAGAAUACGAUAUUUUUCCAACAGUGCCAGCAGGAAAUCCUUAUGACACAAGCAAACCAGAAGAUCARUAUCAUAUUAUUGCCACUGAAACAGGUAUAAUUCCGAAUCUAAUUUAUGUUGUAAUACCCACUAUACCACUACUGCUGUUGAUACUGGUGGCUUUUGGGACUUGCUGUUUCCAGAUGCUUCAUAAAAGUAAAGGAAGAACAAAAACCAGUCCAAACCAGUCCACACUAUGGAUUUCAAAGACGCCUAGGAAGGACAGUAGCAUGGAGGUAUAAUGAUUUAUUGACUGAAAACGAAGCAAAAAUAACAUUUUGCA